CCUCCCUCCCCCUCUUUCUCUCUCUGCCAUUUUGAAGUUAAAAGUAUUUAUGUAACACGACAGCUGCUUUGCCUUUUCUGGAGAACAAAAGACAAAACCAAAUAAAAGAAUAAAAAAAAAUGACAAAAGAAAGAACAUUUCCACAUAUAAAUGAGCAGCUGAUAGUUUAGGUGUUUCAGCGUCUCUCAUCUGUCCUCUGCUUGUUGGUGUUUGAACGCAGACGGUGGUCGCAAGGCAGACGAGACCUGUUCAAAGCUGACUCGAAUCAAAGGGGCUCUGGCUCUUUGUAGUGCAUGGAUUGCAACAGGUGACAUUUUGGGCUCGAAACAGUUUAUAACUUUGAACGCUCGCCAUGGGCUGAGCCGCCCCUCGACCCAGUGGGUAAAGGAGAGGACGGAUGAGUGACUGAGGGAGACUCUCACUUUAUCCUCUGUGACACGAGGAGGCUUCAUCCAGACAGCGAGAAGAGGAAUCGAUAAGUAUCCACUGAGGGGGGAACAUCAAGAAGAUGGGGGACCCCCUGUCGGACUGUAGCCCCCUCAUCUGUGCGGCAUCCUCGGGUAAACUCCGUCUGGUCCGCCUGCUGGUGGAAGGUGGAGCUCAGGUGAACGGACGCAACCACAGAGGAGAGACGGCUCUCCUGGCUGCCUGCAAGGCCCUGAGAGGGGGGCCCACUGGGCCCGAGACGGUUAAACUCCUCACAUACCUGCUCCAGAACAAGGCUGAUCCUAAUGCACAAGACCGGGCCGGCCGCACGGCUCUAAUGUACGCCUGCAUGGAGCGUGCAGGGGCUCAGGUGGCGUCCGCCCUCCUGGCAGCGGGAGCGGACCCCAGCAUGGAGGACUACUCCGGAGCCUCAGCUUUGGUCUACGCCAUCAACGCACAGCACCAGCCCACGCUGAAGGUGUUGAUGGACGCCUGCCGGGCCAGGGGUCGGGACAUCAUCAUCAUCACCACGGAGAUGGGCGUGAAUGGAGGCCGGGUGACCAGGCGCUACUUGAAUGUCCCCCCGUCCCCGGACACGUCGCCAGUGUCCUGCAUGUCCCCGUCUGACAUCGUCCUCAAGACGGGUUCGCCCAACACAACCGAGGGAGAAAACAUCUUCAACUUCAGAGGAACAGGCCGGGGAGGGAGCAGCAGCAGCAGCACCAGACGUCCCUCCUGUGAGCUGAGCCCUCCAUCUCCCAGACAGAGGAUAUUGUCUGAACCUUGGCUGGCCAUCCACAACCUGGCCGGUCUGAACAGAGCUUACGAGGAGGGCAAGAGGGAGAGGGGCCUGGAUGAAGAUUUGAGGAGGGAGAGAGGAGCAAAAGAGGACGACGGAGGGGGAGAGGAUGAAGAGCGGCUCUGUCACCGGGAAGAGAGCGGAGGCGGCCUGGUUCAAAGGAGGGAUAACAGACAUGGAGGAGAGAAUUACAGCGAGGAUUUCUCUCAGCCGGUCCUCCCGCUCGCCCAGAUGAGCUCGUCUCAUGCGGCAAGAGACGGCGUGAUCCUCAAGAGGACACCCGGAGGUUUAACUUCAGACAGAAAGCUCCCCGCGUGCCCUCCGCCUCACCCUCAGCUCCGUAGGAACACCCUCCCCUCCGUCACGGUCAUCCCACCUCCCGUUCACCUCCCUCCCUUAGCGAACCAGUCACGCUCUCACCUCCGGGUGCCGACACGACUCUCACCCUCCGGGAGCAAGACCAGGGCGUUCCAGCCUCACCCGCCCAGCUCCUCCCCUCCCCACGGCAGAACAUCAGCGAGACGGGCGUUGCUCCCCCCGCUGCCCCUCGCCUCCUCCCUCGCCUCCCUGGCUGCUCCUCCUGCCUCCUGCCACAGUGAGAGGAGCAGGAGGUCAGUGCGUCGUCACUCCGUGCAGCUCGAACAGAUGAGAUACCUGUGAGAUUUCACUUUACCUAAAGUAAUGAGUCAUUUUUAACAUGGAAGUCAUUUCUCUAAGCCUGCAUUCGGGUUUAUCACUUUAGUUGGGAGGACGUUUGGCUGAAUCUACAUGAAAAAGACACUUAAAAAAAAAAUCUUGGAGUCAAACUUUUGCAUUUGCAGUAAAAUAUUUCUUCCCUUUUCUUCAAUGAAUAAAAAAAUCAGCCAAUAAUUACAGACUUUAAGUAUGAUCAAAGCAUAGAAGGAGGUGGUUGGUGGGUGGGUUGGAAUAAGGAAGGAGAUUUACCAUAAGAUGCUUCAGAUGAGUCAUAAACCAAGGCUUCAGCUGCUGUGGGCUGAUACUACACCGAUCAGCCACAACAUUAAAACCACUGACAGGGGAAGUCAAUAACAUUGAGCAACUUGUGACA